AUGGUUAAAAUUGUCCGGAUAAUCUGCCAGAUCAGCUGUGCAGAUUGUGCUGUUGGCGGCGGUGUCCCAGGUGUUAGAGGAAGCACAAGUCUCUCCAUUGGUUUAGCAACACUAGGAUCUAAGAACUUUGUUCUUAAGCUGAAGGCGGGCAUUGUGACACCUUUGUUGAACUUUGUGUGCCGGCGGCUGGGAAUUAUAGAAGUUGAUUAUUUUGGACUGCAAUUUACGGGUAGCAAAGGUGAAAGUUUAUGGCUAAAUCUGAGAAAUCGGAUCUCCCAGCAGAUGGAUGGGCUAGCCCCUUACCGGCUUAAACUGAGAGUCAAGUUCUUCGUGGAGCCUCAUCUCAUCUUACAGGAGCAGACUAGGCAUAUCUUCUUCUUGCAUAUCAAAGAGACCCUCCUGGCAGGCCAACUCCAGUGCUCCCCAGAGCAGGCAGUGGAACUCAGUGCCCUCCUGGCCCAGACCAAGUUUGGAGACUACAAUCAGAACACCGCCAAGUACAACUAUGAGGAGCUGUGUGCAAAGGAGCUCUCCAGCGCCACCUUGAACAGCAUUGUUGCAAAGCAUAAAGAGUUGGAGGGGACCAGCCAGGCCUCGGCCGAAUACCAGGUGUUGCAGACUGUGUCGGCAAUGGAAAACUAUGGCAUAGAGUGGCAUUCCGUGAGGGACAGCGAGGGGCAGAAACUCCUCAUUGGGGUUGGACCUGAAGGAAUCUCAAUUUGCAAAGACGACUUCUGCCCAAUUAAUAGGAUCGCUUACCCUGUGGUGCAGAUGGCCACCCAGUCGGGAAAGAACGUGUACUUGACCGUCACCAAGGAGUCUGGGAACAGCGUCGUGCUCUUGUUCAAGAUGAUCAGCACCAGGGCAGCCAGCGGACUCUACCGAGCAAUAACGGAGACCCACGCUUUCUACAGGUGUGACACGGUGACCAGUGCCGUCAUGAUGCAGUACAGCCGAGACCUGAAGGGCCACUUGGCCUCUCUGUUUCUGAAUGAAAAUAUUAACCUUGGCAAGAAGUAUGUCUUCGAUAUUAAAAGAACGUCAAAGGAGGUCUACGACCACGCCAGGAGGGCUCUGUACAAUGCUGGUGUCGUGGACCUCGUCACGAGAAGCGAGCACAGCCCUCCAAACUCCCCGCUGAAGUCCUCGGAGAGCAGCAUGAACUGCGCCAGCUGUGAGGGCCUCAGCUGCCAGCAGACCAGGGCGCUCCAGGAGAAGCUGCGCAAGCUGAAGGAGGCCAUGCUGUGCAUGGUGUGCUGUGAGGAGGAGAUCAACUCGGCCUUCUGCCCUUGCGGCCACACUGUGUGCUGUGAGGGCUGUGCCACCCAGCUGCAGUCGUGUCCAGUCUGCAGGUCGACGGUGGAGCACGUGCAGCACGUCUAUCUGCCGACCCACACCAGUCUGCUCAACCUGACCGUGAUCUGACGUGCAGUGCACCUAACGGGACGUGCCACGUUUCCACGGACUGCGCUACCACUAAACUGUACAAAUGAUAGAUCGUGGAGAACAUAAAUACUCCGACACCCAUCUGCCAUGCAACAUUUAAAAAAAAGAAAAGGAAGAAUAAAAAGAAUACUCCUCCCCACCAAAACAUACCACGCGUAGAAUCCGCACCUGCAGUGGUGGGGGCCGGGAAUAGUUCUGGGCCACGGACACGGUCGUUGGAUUUACUCUUCUUGUGAUCAAGUUAAAGGAAUAUGUGAAAUCUGUGAUGUCAGUUAAGCGGCUGCAGAGCCAAAACGUGGGUACCUUUUAGGAAAGGAUAUCGUUAAGUAUCCUGAUGUAUCCCGAGGUGUAAGUUUCCUACUUGGCAGCAAAUUUUGUAAGAGUUCAUUUUAAGAAUUUACUUGGUUCUUUUUGUACGGUCAUGGAGCUCUGAACAUUUUAAUAGGAAAUUUUUCUUAAAGAAACAGUCAUUUUAAUAUCAUUUCUGUUUUUAUUACUUGCUCAAGAAUGAUUGGAAGGCGAACAGAUGUAGAGAUCAAUUCUGUGACUUUUAAAAAGUUGACAACCAGGCUGUCAGAUGUAAACCAGCCUGGCUUGUGAAACAGAGAACUCAGUACGGCUUCCUUUCCCCCGUCCCCGCCCCCUUCCCUCCCCCAAGUCUUUCGAUUAUAAAAUGCUACCAGUCUGGUUAUAAGAUUUCUGUGGAGUAGUCCGCACUCCUUGGGCUCUUUGAGUUGGUGGGAUAUUUUAUUUAAGUUGAAAAGGGACUGCACGUUCCUGGGGGAGCAGAGCAUUGCUCGCGGAGAUGAAGCUUCAUGGUGUACCAACCAGAGGGCUCUCCGCUUUUCUCAAAAAUUCCACUCCAGCUUCAGCCACUGGGGUCGCUUUUGCUCGAGCCAUCAAGCCUUUUUAUAGCCUUAUUGUAGGUAUCUUAGAUUAUUGUAUGCUUUUUUUUUUUGUAGUAAAUGCUUAAGUAUUAACUCUCGGUUGUCUCCUCCCUAGGUCUUUGAGGGGUUUCGAGUUUCUUUAUUUCUAUAUUCUUAAUCAUGUUUUCCACUCCCACUUGGGCAUUUUGGACGCUGGUCAGCUUGUGGGUUUUCUAGGACGUCGGAACACCUAGAUGACCUUAUUGGGUGCAAUACUAGCUAAAUGAAAGCUAGAAACCUACACUGUCACUUUACUGAGAUUUCCGAGUAUACUUUUCAUAUUGCCUUAAUGUAGCAGUAAUGUGUUUAUGCAUUUGUUUCUUUGCACAGACAUUUUGUCAAAUAUUAAAACUCUACUUUUUUAUGGCACAUAUUAGCAUAUAAGCCUUUAUUCCAAGAGGUAUUUAUUUUUUCACUUGUAAAAAAAAAAUAAUGUUUCCACAUAAAGAACUCUGUUCUAUCCUAAAGGACUUCUGUCUUUUGUAUUCAGGAUAAUAAAGACUUUAAAGCAAA